AUGGACUUUCACUCUUACUCUCAGCAAAUCCUCUACCCAUUCUCAUUCUCCUGCUCCUCGGUCCCGCCUACGCUCGAGAGCCUUGAAGAACUCGGCCUCGGCCUCGCCAAGGUAAUUCGCCUAACGACACACGAAAUAUACGACGUCACAUCUGCCUGCGAGGGCAUUGUCACAGCCGAGAAGCCCGCCAAGCGCUUCUUCCCCAUCGGCGGAAGUUCCGGCGGCAGCGCACUGGAUUGGUUCUACCACCAGCUGCGCGCGCGGUACGCGUAUCAAAUCAAGCUACGCGACCGUGGAAGCUAUGGGUUCCUACUUCCGUCGCAGUACAUUAUUCCAACAGGUAAAGAAGCGUUCAACGCUGUUCUGAAACUAGGCCAGUUUCUGAUGGCCGAGGACGACGUGCGCAAUUUCGAUCUCGAGAUGGACCUCGAGUACAUUGAUCCAGAGGAACUUUCCUCUACCUCUACCACACAGCCCAACAAGCAAAGCCAAAGCGAGGACGAUGACGACGACCUCGAAACCGAAACAGCCGACGAUGACACUCCAGGCUUUGAUAAAUGGGAACCUCUCCGAUGGGAGACGCAGAAUACUCUUGGAUUCCGGCGACGUAGAUAG